GAAGGGUCAGAGGUGUCACUCAGUGAGACUCGCCUGCUCCCCUGGCAGCCACCCCUCCUGCUCUCAGAAUGCUGUGUCUGUGGCUCUCCCGAGGCCCCUGCCUGGCAGCUCUGACUGUGACACUGCUGGUGCUGAGCUCUUACCUGGCUUUGGCCAGGGACACCCGAUCCCGUUUCCUGGAGCUGGUUAAACAUGAGUGUCAUUUCUCCAACGGGACGCAGCGGGUGCGGUAUAUAUUCAGAGACGUUUAUAACCAGGAAGAGCACGUGCGCUUUGACAGCGAUGUGGGCGAGUUCGAAGCAGUGACAGAACUGGGCCGGCCGGACGCCGAGUACUGGAACAGCCAGACGGACAUCCUGGAGGACAGGCGGACCGCGGUGGACAGGUACUGCAGACACAACUACGGGGUUCUGGACAGCUUCCUGGUGCAGCGGCGAGUUGUGCCGACGGUGACCGUGUACCCUGCAAAGACCCAGCCCCUGCAGCACCACAACCUCCUGGUCUGUGCUGUGAGUGGCUUCUAUCCAGGCCACAUUGAAGUGCGGUGGUUCCGGAAUGGAGAGGAAGAGGAGGCUGGGGUGGUGUCCACGGGCCUGAUCCGUAAUGGAGACUGGACCUUCCAGACCCUGGUGAUGCUUGAGACAGUUCCUCAGAGUGGAGAGGUGUACACGUGCCAGGUGGAGCACCCGAGCGUGACCAGCCCCAUCACCGUGGAAUGGAAGGCACAGUCUGAAUCCGCACAGAGCAAGAUGCUGAGUGGAGUCGGGGGCUUUGUGCUGGGUCUGCUCUUCCUCGGGCUGGGGCUCUUUGUCUACCGCAGGAAUCAGAAAGGGCACUCUGGACUUCAGCCCACAGGGCUCCUGAGCUGAAGCAAGGAAGGCAGCUCUCAGGAAGAACCUGUGUCCCUGAUUCUUCACAUCAGCAGGUGUUCUGGGUGGCUCUCCCUGUUCCCCAAAGAGUGUGGUUUCUCAGCAUCUGGCUCCCUCCUGGUUCAGUGACCCUGAAGAAAGUGUCCUCUCUGGUGGCGUCCUCAGCCCCUGCCCUUGACCUGGUGUCCCAGUGCUGAUGGCAGUGCCUUCUCCGUGCUGUUUGUGUGCUCCUUUGCGUUCAGCCCUUCAUGCCUCCCCUCUGAUCUCACUCGUGGCACAUUUUUGAUUACAUUUUUCUCUAAUAAAUAUGAAAUGAAUAUAA